CCCGCUGAGCUUUUUAAACCAGCGCGGGAGUGUGCUCCUCUCACUUCCUGUUAGUUCUGUUGUCCGCUCGGUUUGUCUCUGGUCCCUGAGCUGUCUCUCCUCUGUCCUCUGUUUACUCGGUGUCUGUCUCCGCUCGGAGGGAACAUGGUGCGGACUAAAGCGGACAGUGUCCCCGGCUCCUACAGGAAAGCUGUUGCAGCUUCAGCUCCGAGGAAGUCUCUGGGCUCCAGUUCCACCAACUCGUCGUCCUGCAGCAGCCAGGCGUCCACACCAGCUAAGGGCAAAUAUGCCGGUGGGAACCCAGUGUGUCCUCGCCCCACUCCGACCUGGCAGAAGGGCAUCGGUGACUUCUUUGGUGGCCCCCCCCGGAAACCAGAGAAGGAGAACCAGAGACCCCAAGAGAUCGAGGACGACGAGGAGGCCGGAGGCAGCGGGGUGUCAAAGGCCAACAGGAAGUCCAGGCCGCUGCCUGCUGACGAUGAGGAGGAUGAAGACUGAGAUGACGAAUGAAUCUGCUGCCUCUGUGGCAUUUAAAUGUACAUCUGUAUAUAAUUUUCUGCUGAAUUCCCUUUGAAUAAGUCAUUAAACAUGUUUUAUGUUUUUAA